GGGACUGCGUAGAGCACGCUUGCAAGAGCCCAGCUCCGAAGAUCGUUCGUUGUGCAUAGUUUUGUGAAAUUUAUACAUAAAAAAAGACGGUCAGAUUUAAUGUGCUGUGAUGUGUAGUGCUGUUAAUCGCCACGAAGUGCUCCGACUACCAUUCGAACAAGAGAAGCGUUGGUAGAAUAAUAAAUGCUAAAUAUGACGCACGGUAAAUGGCCGGUGAGAGUGUUACAGUGAAGUGCGUACGUUUGUGUGUUUAAAUGUGAUUUGAAAAAACCAACAACAGCAAGGCUUUUUCAUUGUGUUCGUCCCGGAAGUACCGUCUUGUGCCAAACGGAACGGAAAUGGGUAGAGAAGAAUGGAAAAUGCGCGAAGAAAUCGGUGUAAAGCAGGGAAAAUAAUAAAAAUGCGCCGAAUGCAAGUGUUGUAAAAGUGGUUUGUUUUGUACCGUGUCGAAAAAAUAAAGGAAAGGAAGAUGUUAUUAGGAAGCUGUGUUUAUGUGCGCAUGUUAACGCUGCCAAUGGUAAACGACAGGAAGUUUGGUGCGCAAAAGCGAGCCCCAAAUAUGUCAUAGUGUGCCGAAAAAGCAUAAACGUUUGUGAAAAAUACUUGAGCAAAUUCGGCACUGCCCGCUGUCGGGUGGUAUACGUUUGUGUAUAAAACAAAACAAAUAAAACAAAACCUACAACAAGCCACAGGAUGGGUCUUGCCUCGUCCAAAGCCGUCAACAGUAUUGCGUCGCACGGUGCCGGCCCGGAGAAGAGCAAUGGCCGGCUGAGCAAGGACAGCGUGAUCGUCGAGACCACCAGCUACCCGUCGAUGUCGACGGAUAUUCAGCAGCCCUGCUCGAUACUUCCGUCGCCAUCCGGUAGCAGCAGUAUCGACACCUGGAAAACGUCGAGCUGUCACGUCCGCCAGGCCAGCAUACGUUCGCGAAAUCUGCAACCCAUGCCGGAUGCGGGCGAGCUUGAUCGACGAUUCGCGAAAGUGUUGGCAUCUAUGGACCUUCCGCCGGAUAAAGCGAAGCUGCUAAAAAACUAUGACAACGAAAAAAAGUGGGACAUCAUAUGUGAUCAGGAAAUGGUACAGGCAAAAGAUCCCCCGGCACACUAUCUCACCAAGCUACGCACCUAUCUCGAUCCCAAGGCAUCCCGCAGUCACAGGAAACGCAAGAUGGUGGGUGAGUCGACGUCAACGCAGGUGUUGCGCGAUCUAGAAAUAUCGCUCCGGACCAACCACAUCGAAUGGGUGAAAGAAUUUCUGGACGAUGAAAAUCAAGGCCUCGAUGCGCUGAUAGACUAUCUCAGCUUUCGGUUGGCCAUGAUGCGGCACGAGCAGCGCAUCCUGGAGGCAAAAUCCGAAUCCGACGAAGGCCUCACCACGAAGGAAACCGCGGCUAACAGCUCGUACGGAAGCAACGAAACGACACACAAAAUUGCACCGAACGGGUUCAUGCGUCCCGGUCUGGGUGACAUGCUGGACAGCCCGAGCAUAAAGCGACGGUCGCGGCACAUAGCCAAGCUGAACAUGGGCCUCACAACGGACGACAUACACGUGUGCAUCAUGUGCAUGCGCGCCAUCAUGAACAACAAGUACGGCUUCAACAUGGUGAUCCAGCACCGGGAAGCGAUCAACUGUAUCGCGCUCAGCCUGAUCCACAAAUCACUGCGCACCAAGGCGCUGGUGCUGGAGCUGCUGGCAGCGAUAUGUCUGGUGAAGGGUGGGCACGAGAUCAUCCUGUUCGCGUUUGACAACUUCAAGAAAGUGUGCUCGGAGCAGCGCCGGUUUCAAACGUUGAUGGAAUACUUUAUGAACUACGAGCUGUUUAACAUCGACUUUAUGGUGGCGUGCAUGCAAUUCGUUAACAUCGUCGUCCACUCGGUGGAGGAUAUGAACUACCGUGUGCACCUGCAGUACGAGUUUACCGCGCUCGGUUUGGACGAGUAUCUGGAGAAGCUACGGCUGACGGAAUCGGAGGAACUGCACGUACAAAUUUCCGCCUAUUUGGACAACGUGUUCGAUGUGGCCGCCCUGAUGGAGGACAGCGAAACGAAAACGGCCGCCCUGGAACGGGUGAACGAGCUGGAGGACGAGCUCGGCCGGGCACUGGACCAGGCGAGCGAAAUCGAGCGGGAGGCACUGUUUAAGCUCGGCGAACUGGAGGCAGAACUCAGCCGGACGCGUAACGAGCGGGACGAUUUGUACAACAAGCAGCUGGCGGUGGAGGACGAAAUUGUGAAGCUAAAUCGAGCGCUGAAGCAGCACGAACAAGAAUCCCAAAGUCGACAGUCGAUGCUGCUCGAGCUGGAAAACCUCACCAAAACACUACCCAAAGGUACGUCCAUUGCGGACGUAUCGAACCUUCUGGCGAAGGGUGGCCUCUCGGAACUAAGCCCCACCGGAUCCGGUGCGGCUGGACAGCAGCAAGCACCACCGAUACCACCACCACCCGCCCCACCCAUACCACCCUCGGCGGCCAAUGCGCCAAUGCCUCCGCCGCCGCCCUGUCCACCAGCGCCACCGGGCGGGCUGUUCAACGGAAGCGGUGAGCCACCGAAAGCACCACCCAAACCGCCCACAUUCAUUCCAGUGCCACCGCCGAUGGGUGGACCGCACGGUGGUUACAAUCCGCUGCACUGCACGGACGGUGCGAUGACGAUAAAGCGCAAGGUGCAGCCAAAAUAUAAGCUUCCCACGCUCAACUGGGUCGCGCUGAAACCGAACCAGGUGCGGGGUACGAUCUUCAACGAGCUCGACGACGAGAAGCUCCACCGGCAGAUUGAUUUUGUCGAUUUCGAGGAGCGGUUUAAGAUCGGUAUGGGCGGCCCGGUAAGCAACGGCAACUGUGAUAUGGAUGGGCUGACGGCGUUCCCCAGCAAACGGUUCAAGAAACCGGAACACAUUUCGCUGCUCGAACAUACGAGAUUAAGAAACAUUGCAAUAUCUCGAAGAAAGCUAGAAAUGCCGGCAGAAUCCGUUAUCAAAGCGAUCAACAAUCUCGAUCUCAAGCUGCUGUCGUUGGAGAAUGUAGAGCUGCUGCAAAAGAUGACACCGACCGAUCAGGAACAGAAGCUUUACAAAGAGUAUGUGAUAGAGAAGAAAGAUCUGAACCAGUUGACCGAGGAAGAUAAGUUUAUGCUGCAGCUGACGAAGGUCGAACGCAUCUCGUCGAAACUGUCCAUCAUGAACUACAUCGGCAACUUCUUCGAAUGUUGGCAUCUCAUCAGCCCGCAAGUGUACUCCAUCAUGUCUGCAUCCUCGUCUAUAAAAUCCUCGAAAAAAUUCCGCGCCGUGCUGGAGGUGAUAUUAGCGUUUGGUAACUAUCUGAACAGUAGCAAGCGUGGCCCUGCGUAUGGGUUUAAGCUACAGUCACUCGAUACACUCCUCGACACCAAGUCGAACGAUAAGCGGAUGAGUUUGAUGCAUUACAUAGUGGCCACCAUAAGGCAGAAAUUCCCCGAAUUGAUGAACUUCGAUACGGAGCUGUUCUGUAUCGAUAAGGCGGCACAGGUAUCGCUCGAGAUGCUCAUAUCGGACGUGAACGAGCUCGAGAAGGGUAUGGAAACGGUACGCAAGGAGGCGGAUUUGCGUGGCAAAGGUACCCAAAGCCACGUGUUGCGCGAUUUCCUAGCAAACUCUGAGGAGAAGCUGAAGAAGAUCAAAACCGAUUGUAAAACGGCACAGGAAUCAUUCAAAGAGUGCAUCGAAUACUUUGGCGAAUCUUCACGAAAUGCGGAUGCAAAUGCGUUCUUCUCACUGCUAGUCCGAUUCGUACGAGCAUUUAAGACCUGUGAUCAGGAAAACGAACAACGACGACGGUUAGAGGCGGCUGCACUGCAGGCGUCCGCUAAAAAGGACGAAGAGGAGCAGGUGGUGCUACGGAACAAUAAAAUCAAUAAUCAAAAGAAGCAACAGGAGGCAGUCAUCAACGAGCUUAAGCUGAAAGCACACGCUGUGCGUGAAAAGAAGCUGCUGCAGCAGGACGAAGUGUACAACGGUGCGCUGGAAGAUAUUCUGCUGGGGCUGAAGAACGAACCGUACCGGCGUGCCGAUGCAGUGCGAAGGAGCCAACGCAGGCGGAUCGACAGCAACAGGCUGUCACGAACGAUGGAAGAGGUAGAAGUGUAGAUCGCGACUAGUGACUAGUAUCUCCCGAUAAGCGCUGCAAGUUGUAAAAGAUGUAAAAUACUGUACUCGUAAGCUAAAUGCCCGUACAGGCACCAAUCUCCGCGAGCGUCGUAUGAUUUAAGGCAAAUUUGUAUAUGGUUUGAUAAGCACCGGUUAAUCGUUCGUCGGCCCUGAUGUAUCAUAUUCGUUACAGAUUCGUUGUACAUAAUUGAUUUUAAUGACAUUAGUUCAAACAGACACGGGACGACAGGGGAAAAUGCGUCAAUGUUGUUUUUUUAAUGGUUUGUUCCUAAUAAUUUUAUACUAAGAAAUCCAUAUCAUUUUGGGGACGAAAGUUGAAGCGUGUGAAGGGGAUUUGUUUUUUGGUUUACCACGCUGUAUCGCGCGGAGAAAAACAAACGUAUGACAAUAUACACAGCAAACGCACAUUCCGUAAACAGGCGCUUUUUGUCUCAGCAUAAAGCUCGUUGCAUUUAAUGGGAAGUGAACGAAACAAUAAAAAACAUAUACGCACAAACUUCGGAAUGUAGUGACAGGAUUUCAAGAAUGUUUUGCAACUUGAAACUUUCGAGAAUAUAUUUUAGCAAAGCGGCGCUGAUUUCAAAUUCAUAUUUGCCAAGGCUUUUAGAGAUGCAAUAGGAAGACAGGGAAACGAUCGUGUAGAUCGAUGAUCAAAACAGUGAUAUUCAUGCCAGUCAGAAACGAAAACACAAAGCCUUUGCAAAACGUUAAACAAAACUAAGCACAAUACUGCAGCAACACUAAAAAGGACUGAAUGAAAAAUCAAAUCUUUUGGUAACGUUUUUUGCAGACAUUUUGCACAAUCUUCUCAUCGUAGAAAUUUAACCAUUUUACGUCCAAAAUCUUUCAUGACAACACAGUGUAGUAUAGGCGAUGCGAAAUCAAAAGCGAAGGCAGGAGGAAAAAAUUGAAGUUGGUGCUUGCUAACGUUGAAAAACGUGGCGGAUAAGAAUGCUUUCGGUACUGAAUAAGGGAACAAGGGAGCAUCGCGCGUGUAUAUCGUUGUUUUGCAAAACAAAGCGAGCAAGUAUGUACCAUUUUCUCACAAUAUUCUUGAUACGCGAUUUGUACCACUCUUCAACCACUUUUUGCUUCAAUAUAUACACAAACUUAAGAGU